AUGUAUUUCGAUGAUCGAGAAGUAGCUCUAUAUGCACUACGUUGUCAUUUGGAAUUAUUAACUCAUUUUUCAUUAACAUCAAACGGUAGACGCUAUUUCAUUCAAAAUGACAUUAUCGAUCAAUUAAUUAAUAUCUUAACUCAAGAUGCAUUAUUUGAAAAUGCUUGCGAAAAUGAAGAACUCUUUUAUGCAGAUGUAGCAGUUAUUGCUUUUGCUCUGCUGCUAUUAUGCAAUCUAGCUUACGAAAAACAAUUCUUUUCCAUAUUAAAGAAAAAAGAUUUUCAAUACAUUUAUUCGAAAUUGGCAUCUGCAAAAGAUCCUACGAUAAAAUUUGCUCAUCAAACUUUAUCAGCGAUUUUAAGUCAAGACAAAAUUAGUGAGGCAAACGAACCAAUGAAUUUGAAAAAGAGGUUAGCCGAGGAUUUGGAGAAACAUAUUGUUGAAAAACAACUUAAAGAAAAAUCAGGCUUUGCAAAAACUCUUGCAGAAGAAGCUCCUCAGGUCAAACUUCGUUUCAUCAAUGAUACAUUUCUGAAUAAUUUACAGCGGGAAAUCGAACAUUUAUCAACAACAGAAUAUGAUUCAAACAAAUUGAAGUACAAAAACGCUGGACGACGUGUUCGAGUUGUAGCCGCACAGGAAACGAGCGAAGUUGAACCACUCUUAGAUCCAAUAAUAAAAUGUUUAGAAUCAAAUUUCUAUCUUAAAGUUUACGAGAAUAUUGAUCUUAGUCAAACAAAAGCUAAAUCCGGAGUUGUAUCUAACAAUCGUUGUCUUGCAGCGAAACAUUUAUUUUUCAUGCGUGAAUGUCCAGAAUUUCUUAUUCGACAUGAUUAUAAACGAAGAAAAGAUAUAGCCAAUACACUGGGUAGAACAAUGUUGGAAAAUACUGAAACAAUAUUCAAACAACAUCUAUCGAUUCUGAUUGGAGAUGAAGGAAAACAAAAUAUUGACGAUACAAGAGCAGUAUGCAUCACAGCAUUAAGUUAUCAUAUCAAAUUGUUAAAUCAUUUUGCAUUAAUACGAUCAAUACGAAAAGAAAUAUUAUCAUUACCAAUUGUUAAUCAAAUACUCUCAGUAUUAGAAGAUCAAUCCUUGUUAGAUACUCGUGGUCGUAUUGAUGAUGCCAAGAUUGGAAUGGUUGCACAAUCUUUAACAUUAUUGUAUAACCUCGGAGUCGAACCUGAAAUACUUACGACGUUUAAAGCGAAGAAUUUGUCGAACAUUUGUUUGAAACUACGUGUUGUUAAAGACAAAAUUAUACAUUUAAUGUCUCAAAUGUUAUUAAUAAUGCUAGACAAAAAUACUUUCGAAGACAUUUAUGAACCGCAUUUGUUAUCAAAAACUUGUAUAGAAUAUAUUGAGUGGUCUUUAAGAGAACCUAGACAAGUAUAUCAAGGUAUAAAGUUACAUCAUCUAUUAAAACAUCUUGAAAUUCUUGCUCAAAAUGACACAUUCAAUGAAUGUCUAGCCGAAGAAAAACAAGGAAUUCCCGUUGUAACAAAAUGCGUUUGUGUUCUUAAACCACCAGAGAAAAAUCCAGAACGGAGACGAUUUGACAAUGUAAAUCCAGAGACCAAAUCCUCAUCAGAUGAGGACCGAAAAGAAAUAUUACAGCAAAUACAAAAAUCGGCUGUGUUUAUUAUUUGGAAACUUUCAUUUUAUGGACCGAAAACAAUUACAAAGUUAAAGUCGAAUGAUUUGUUUAUUGAGCAAAUUCUAACACUUUUAAAUGGAACUUCGAAAAAAUCUCGACAAAACGCAAAAGCUAUUAUAUGGAGAUUAGGUAAUGAAAAAAGAAUACGUUUGGAAUUAGCCAAAAAAGAAAAGACUCAAUUAGCAGAUCAAGACGACAUUAAAGAUCUCGAUCAGUUGAUUUCAACUGAUGAAUGGGAUGAAUCGGUUCCUUACGAUAUAGUUUUGAGUUAUAGUAAUAAUGUCAAUGAUAAAAUUUUAACUGAUAAGAUUUGUAAACGUCUUGUAUCAAGAGGUUAUCAAAUAUAUAGUGAAAAACAAGGUGCGCAUCGAUUACAACGUAUAGAAAAAGCAGUCGAAAAACAAAAACCUAUUCUUGUUUGCUUAUCAUCAGCAUAUCGUACAUCAAAGAUGUGUAUGGCCGAACUCGAACAUGCUGUUAAACAAAGAAGUUCAGUUAUCCCAGUUAUUGUCGAAGCAAAUUAUAAAAUACAAGGAUGGCUACAACAUAUUCUUAAAGGAAAAAAACCUAUUGAUUUAACAAGUUUGGUCACGAAGAAGUUUAAUGAAGAACUCUUAAAAUUAUUUGAAGAAAUCGAGAAAACAAAAAGUUCCGAUUAG